AGACCCUUCAUAUAAUCCUCUUCUAUUCGUGAACCAAAAAUGAGACAUAAAGCAACUUUACUCCACCACAUUCCACCCUAACAAUGUCCGCCGGACAACCCCAACAACCACCGCCAUAUCAACCGUAUCGCCUCCACAAAACCCUAAACACCCACAAGCGCGCCGUCUCCUGCGUCAAAUUUUCCAACGACGGCGAACUCUUCGCCUCCGCCUCCCUCGACAAAACCUUAGCUCUCUACUCCUCCCAAACCCUAACCCUGAUCUCUCUCCUCGUCGGCCACACUGAAGGAAUUUCCGACCUUGCCUGGUCCUCAGACUCACAUUACAUCGUCUCUGCUUCAGACGACACCACUCUCCGCAUUUGGGACGCACGCGCCUCCUCUUGCGACUGUGUUAAAACUCUUAGAGGUCAUUCCGGUUUCGUUUUCUGCGUCAAUUUUAAUCAUCCUUCCAAUUUGAUUGUUUCUGGGUCGUUUGAUGAGACAAUUCGGGUAUGGGAUGUGAAAACGGGUCGGACUGUUCAUGUGAUUCGUGGCCAUUCUUUGCCAGUGACUUCUGUUAGCUUUAACCCGGAUGGAUCGUUGAUCGUUUCGGGUUCACAUGAUGGGAGUUGCAAGAUUUGGGAUACUGCUACUGGGGUUUGUUUAAAGGUGUUGAUUGAUGAUAAAAUUGGGGUUUCCUUUGCUAAGUUUUCUCCAAAUGGGAAGUUUAUUCUUGUUGCCACUCUGGAUAACACCUUGAGGCUCUCCAACUACUUAACAGGAAAGUUCUUGAAAAUGUACCAGGGGCAUACCAACAAAGUAUAUUGUAUAACCCCAACUUUCUCUGUAACAAAUGGAAAGUAUAUUGUAAGUGGAUCAGAAGAUCACUGUAUUUACUUGUGGGAUCUUCAAGGAAGGAACUUGAUCCAAAGAAUCGAAGGCCAUAUUGACACUGUGGUUUCAGUCUCGUGCCAUCCAAAGCGGAACAUGAUUGCUUCAGCUGGCUUGGACAAAGAUAGAAGUGUUCGAAUUUGGGUCCAGAAUGCAUGAUUUCUCAAUCAAAAAGAUAAUUUCCAAAAUCAUGUUGAAGUUCCUAAACCCUAAAACCCUACUUUUGUUGAAGUUCCUACGAUAAAUCCUGUAAUAGGAUGAGGGAAAUUCCGAGUCCUUGUUUUUCCGAUUAUAAUUUGUAAAUAAAAGUUGUGUUAUAUGCCCGAAAUCACAUAAAACCUCCUUGUGUUGGGCUUGUUCUAUCAAGAAAACUCUCAAAUGUAUCCUUAAGACGUGCUGACAAUUGCGGAGGUUGUUUAGAAAUGUGUUUUACUUCCUCCGUUUCAAAAAGAUCUUUACAGUUACUAUUUGCACGAA